UUUUCAUUUGCUAAUGGCCACGACAAAAAAGAAGACAAGAAAGCUUAGAGGACAUGUUUCUCAUGGACAUGGAAGAGUUGGGAAACAUCGCAAGCACCCCGGAGGUCGAGGAAAUGCUGGUGGUAUGCAUCACCAUCGAAUUAAUUUUGACAAAUAUCAUCCUGGAUAUUUUGGAAAGGUUGGAAUGCGUAAUUACCAUCUACGAAAGAACAGUUACUAUUGCCCAGUAAUCAAUUUGGACAAAAUUUGGACUUUAGUUACUGAAGAAACGCGUAAGAAGUAUGCUGACGUUAAAGACCGCGCUCCAGUGAUUGAUGUUUGUCGUGCUGGUUACCACAAAGUUUUAGGCAAAGGUUUAUUGCCAAAACAGCCAGUCAUUGUCAAAGCAAGAUUCUUUUCGCAUACUGCAGAAGAGAAGAUCAAGAAAGUUGGCGGCGCUUGUGUUUUGGUCGCAUAA